AUGGCGAGCUCCCUUGUCGCGGUCGUGCAAAUUGCCGGUGUCACUAGCGCUGCUUUCCUCUCAGGCGCAAUAGUAAGCGUAAGCUGGAUGACCAUCCCCUCCCUCGGAGUCGCACCAGACGAAGUAGCCGUCAAGCAAUGGCGACGAGCGUUCGGAAUCGGCAAGGCUACAGCUCCGGCUCUGGCGCUUCCGAGUGCGUUAUGCUUCGCUUACCUGGCGUACGCGACUCGGAACAUCGUGUCGAAGACCAGUGUGUUGGGGAUCAGGUCACCAAUGGUGUUGUAUGGGGUUGCUGCGGUGGCGAUCCCAUGUAUUGUGCCUUAUACUCUGAUCGCUAUGGAGCCCGGAGCGAACCGGAGAUUGAUGGCGUUGGGGGAGGAGGCUGAUGCGGUUGUGAAGGGCGAAAGUAGAGAGUUAAUGGGGAAGGAGGGAGAAGUGAAGGUGUUGCUUAAGAAGUGGACUGGAAUGAAUUAUAAUAGGGCUUUGUUUACUGGGUUUGGGGCGGUCGUUGGAGCUGUAGCUACGAUGAUGAUGUAA